GCGCGCGCGCGCGCCUGUGUCAGUGCUGAGUCGAGCGCUAGAGGAGGCAGCAGUGGCGCAUCUCACAUAUCCGCCGCUGGAAUAUAACGGCUGCUUUAGGAUGUGAACGGGUCUCGGCCUCGUCAUCGGCCAAAGCUUCUGUUUUCCCAUGACAAACAGAUGCGAGAAGAAAGCGAGCGCGCGCGGGAGUGAACGGUACAGGGGCGCGGAGCGGUCCUCGGUAUUAUUAUGAGAAAAGAGGACGGGGUUGUCGGAGCCGUAUUUGUUUUGCUCGCGGAGAUGAGGCGGGGGGUAGCGAGUCGCUACAAAAUCGUUGGGCUCCGGCCAAGCAUUGCUCUGUUUUAGCACCUAUAUAGCGCCGCGCUUGCGUUUUCAUCGUCAACUGACUCGUUUGAUCGUCACGGUUUGCAUCGCAGAAAAAUAAUGCAGCUGUCUCGAGGACAUCUGUGAGAUUUGCGGACUGCUGUUGACGCUGCCAUGACAGACGCAGGCUUUACCGAGCAGGCGGUGUGAGAGAAGCACGGCCCCAGCUGCAGCAGCACGGCCGAUGUGGGCUGCGCUUACCGGGGAGAUUAAAUCUGUAAAUACUGUUCGCGUUAUUCCUCUUUAAUCGUGUGCAUUCUCAGGGAAAAUGUCCUCUCGGUCUGCUUUACCGUCUGCGAACGACCGGAGCACAGAUCAUCAUGCGUCUCUGGUGGCGAGUCGUUCAGAGAAAGGAACAAAUGUUUCGAGUCGUUCUCUGGGUGCAAGAUGUCGUAACUCCUUGGCUUCUUGCUCAGAUGAGCUGCCACACAUCGGAAACUACCGGCUCCUUAAAACCAUCGGCAAGGGCAACUUUGCUAAAGUCAAACUAGCCCGCCACAUCCUCACGGGCAAAGAGGUUGCAAUAAAGAUUAUCGACAAAACUCAGUUGAACCCAACCAGCCUACAAAAGCUGUUUAGAGAGGUGCGGAUCAUGAAGACUCUCCGUCACCCCAACAUUGUCCAGCUCUUUGAGGUUAUUGAAACAGAGAAGACGCUUUAUCUUGUGAUGGAAUAUGCAAGUGGAGGUGAGGUGUUUGAUUACCUGGUGUCUCAUGGGAGAAUGAAAGAAAUAGAGGCUAGAGCCAAAUUCAGACAGAUUGUGUCAGCCGUUCAUUACUGUCAUCAGAAGAAUAUAGUUCACAGAGAUCUGAAGGCAGAGAAUUUGCUAUUGGAUGCAGAUGCUAACAUAAAGAUAGCAGACUUUGGUUUUAGUAACGAGUUUACAUUGGGGAAUAAGUUGGACACCUUCUGCGGUUCCCCACCUUACGGUUCCCCACCUUACGCAGCUCCAGAGUUGUUUCAAGGAAAAAAGUAUGACGGGCCAGAGGUGGACAUCUGGAGCCUGGGGGUGAUCCUGUACACGCUGGUCAGCGGGUCACUUCCUUUUGAUGGACAGAACCUCAAGGAGCUGCGUGAGCGAGUGUUGAGGGGGAAGUACCGUGUGCCCUUCUACAUGUCCACAGACUGUGAGGGGAUUCUGCGCAGGUUUCUUGUGCUCAAUCCCAGCAAACGUUGCACUCUAGAGCAAGUGAUGAAGGAUAAGUGGAUGAAUGCAGGGUAUGAGGGCGAUGAGCUAAAGCCCCACAUUGAGCCAGCGGAGGACUACAGUGAUGCCAAUCGAAUUGAGAUUAUGGUCGGAAUGGGUUUUACUACAGAAGAGAUUAAAGACUCUUUACUCAAUCAGACAUACAAUGAAGUCACGGCUACAUAUCUAUUGUUGGGCCUGAAGACUGAGGAUGGCGCUGAGUCACGAGUUAGUGGCAGUAUGACUUUGCCGCGGGUGCGUCCAAGCCCAAUUACCAAUGGAACCAACAAACAAUCUUCUUCUUCGACAUCUUCCUCAUCUUCACACAGCAAGACUCAGCGCAGCGCCUCGACCUACCACCGCCAGCGACGGCACAGUGACUUCUGUGGUCCCAGCAUGCCUGUGAUGCACCCUAAGCGUAGCCCGACCAGUGGUGGAGACCGUGAGCUGCGUGAGAGCCGCAUGCCACCAAGGAAGGCCAGCUGUAGCGUGAUGGGCAGUCGGACCCUACCACCAUCUAGUCCAAUGGUCAGCACCGCCAACAACCCCAAUAAGGCUGAGAUACCUGAUCGACGCAAGGAGAUGACCGCCACCACUAACAAUAUCCCAGGAAGUACUAUGACCCGCAGAAACACGUACGUAUGUACAGAUCGUCCCAGCACUGACCGACACACGCUGCUGCAGAACGGCAAAGACAACAGCUCCCUGUCUCACCGCCUCCCUCCCACCUCUCCCUCCACUCUUAGUAUUGUCGGAGCGGGAGCAUCCUCCUCUUCUUCCUCAGGUGAGCGCUGUAGGCUGACACGUGGAUCCACCAUCCGGAGCACCUUCCAUGGGGGUCAGCUCCGUGACCGUGUCCCGCCCACCUAUGGACCUCCGCCCACAUCGCCCACCCUCAGCCAUGAUGCUGGAGCCCUGCCACAGAAUGUCCGCAGCCGGGCCACUUCUAACCUGUUCAGCAAACUCACCUCCAAACUCACACGCAGGGUCAAUCUUGACCCCUCUAAACGCCAGGGCUCUAAUAAAUCAGUGUCGGGUUGUACCCUUCCACAGGGAUCCAAAACAGUUAGAUCACAAAUGAAUCUGAGGGAGUCAGCAGAUCUUCGGUCACAGGUGGCCAUUUAUCUGGGAAUCAGAAAGCGCCCGAGCCCUGGAGCGGGGGAGGGGGGUGGGAUGUAAGGGGCCGUCUCUCCCGUCCCCCCCGGGCCCCUGCAGAAGUGGUACUGGCCUUGCGUGAGGCGGCGAGGGGAUGCGGCUGCCAGGUCCAGCACGCUGGCCCGUUUCUGCUGUGCUGCAGUCAUGGGGCGGCAGGGUCAAAAGUCACUUUCCAAGCUGAGGUGUGCCAACUGAGUGUGGGUCCCACAGAGGCAAAUGGAGUACGCUACACACGCCUGUGGGGGGCCCCUCUCGCCUUCAGGCACAUCGCAUCGCAGAUCUCUAAAGAGGUGGAGCUCUGAGGGGACGGGGAGGAGACGUCCCCUCACUAUAUCCAUCAUUAUAGCGAACUGACGUUGACCCACCCACCUAUGUGUUAUAGACUUAAAACAUCUGAUCCCUCCUCCAGUCAACACUCAACACACACCGAAACUAAACACACAUACACAUAAACCAACACGGUAACCUUAAAAGCACGGGACACUCAACCCUGACAAUAUGGAAACCUAAAGUACAAAAACAAGCACACCCCUUCCACGCACAGCAUAAACCUGAGCACUUCUUAACAUGGAUUCACACACACUCUGAAAAGCCUCAUUCACCAGAUCUGGAUUGAAUCCAGUUUAGUAUUUUUAUUCUCAUUCUAGUCAUGAAAUUCUUACUUAAAUAAUUGAUGUCAUUUUUUUUUUUUUUUUUUUUUUUUUACCACUUUUGUAUGUUUUCAACAAGUCUUGACAUUUUAAACGGGUCAUCAUUUUUAAGUUUUGUGGUUUAAUGUGUCUUACAUUUCUUAAUACUAAGUCAUUGACAUUGUAGGACUGUAGCUGCCAAUGAACUAUAUGCACAAAUGUGAAGUUGGCAAAUUUAUCCUAACUUCAUCAUAGCUCACGGUGGACAACCAAAUCUACAUCGCUGGCAGCCGCAAAUUUGAUCAGGCUGCAAGCUAACCAUCCACACUUUGUUUUUGAGAUUGUCCAAGCUAAGUUUUGUUCCCUAGAAAAUCUGUUUUUCUGAUGUAUAGUGCCAGUUUACUUACUUCCUACCAAUUUUAAUUUAGAAGAGACAUUUAAUGCCAAAUUACUUUUCCUGACCCUUCGUGAACAAGCUCUGUGAUUGGUUGGUUCUAGAUAUUAAUUCUUUUUUUCAACUCCUAUUCAGUGAUCCUUUGCAAAUAGUCACCUCUCCCUUUACCUGGUCAGAGUGGAGUUGAGGUUACCACAAAAGUGAUUUUACAAAGAGAGAUUGUUUUAGUGUUCAGUGUUAUUAAAGACACGUUUCAUGCAUUGUAGAUAUCUGAAUAAUUUGGAAAAAAGACCUGUUGGAUAUUGGAUCAUAUUGGAUAUUAUUUAAUUGUCAAACAAAUUAUUUUAUAUAUUAAAAAUUUAUUCUGUCCACCUUCAGUAUUAAAAACAAGCAGAUAAGUAAAUAUCAAAUACAGAAAUGGUGUUGGCAUUGCAAAGUAUGUUAGUAAUUGCCAACAUUAUGCCAUAGAGUCACAUUCAGUAGCACAAGUAUGUUACUGUAUGUUUACUUAAAAUUCACCAGAUAUCUAAAAUGCAGGAUGUUAUCAUGCAGGAGUGCAGGAAGAAGUUCAGUGCUCUAACUGCUAGAAUAUAUUUUAGGGGCAAAUGCACCAACAGGGUUUUGAUUCAAAGUCAGUUGCACUUGAAGUCUUAUAAUAAAAUAGCAUUAUGUAUGACUGUUUCCAUUGCAAAGUCUUAACAAUGCUGUGUAACAUAAAUAGAGUUGCAGUUUAAGAUUGGACCAUAGACAUAGUGUCAUGGACAGGCCAUGUUUUUGCUGUAGCUCAUGAUGGUUUUUAGCCAUAUGCGAGUUUGUCUCUUUAACAGAUGUGGAAGCAUGUUAUUAUCGACUUAACAGGGAUUUAAUAUGCAGGUUUGACACCUGAAUAAAAGAAAUACGCUGCUUAAGAUUAUUUUUCAUGAGUAGAAAUAGGUUUGUUUGGAGCUUUUCUGUUCUUUAUUCAAAUAAUACUCUUGGCUUGCUUUUUGACCAAACCAGUUCUGGUCAUUUGUUGUAUAACAAAUCCUAACUUUGCAAUAGUUGUCAAUUUGGCAAGCAUAAAAUAAACAGCAAUUCACAAGCAAGUGGAUCAAAAUGUAACUGUGAGUGGUGAUAAUUGUGCAAUAGCAAUAGAUGUUACUGUCAGGUUUAGAAGUUGUUUCUAUUUUAAUGUAAAGCCAUGCUUCGGCCCUGUUGGUGCUGCCAGCUUGUAGACAGUGAGAUACUGAGCAGAUACAUGGGUUUGAGUAAUGAGUUUUUUUGUUUGUUUGUUUUUUUCAGUCAGGAAGGUGUAUAGGACACUUCUUGCUAGUUCAGUUUGAAUAAACAGGUUGGUUUAAUAGGGUUGGUCUGCUAAGUUUUGAUUGGGGAGUCAUUGUGCUAUCAUGUGUGAAAUAUAUAGAAGAUACUAAAGGAUUAUAUUCCACUUUCUCCAUGUUUGUGAUGGCAUCUCCCUCCGUUCAUGAGAGGGUGUCGGAUUAUCGUACAGAAAACAAGCUUGGUUCUUGAUUUUGAUUGUCUGCAGCAAGUAGGUCUAAUACUUUGAGAUGCUUGAAAGAUUACUUGUGAUGACUGACUCCACAGGAAUCACUGUGGCACGUCACCUUUGACUUUUAGCCAUACAGUGAGACCCCAGACCACAAGUCUGCCAUCUCUUUAUCCAUCCACUUUUUUGUUGUCUCGUUCACUUUAUUCUCUGCCUUUGUGCCACACAUUCACAGACACACCCAGUUUCUCCUCAUCCCAUUGCCGAAUCACUGGAAAUCCUUGUGUCAUUGUUCUGUCUGCUCUGUGGCUGGACUCCUCUUGUGGAGACGCUUCUGGUUUCAAACUGAACAGGGUAAGGACUGGACGUCCUGGACCAGUCUGAACCGGUCUCCACAUCAGACCGGCUCUAUCUGGUUAGACUGCUGAGAUCUGUAUCUGUUUGAUGUCCAUUAAGACCUCUGUGCACUCAUGUUGACUUGAAUCAGCUGCAUCCUAUGGCUCUGUGGGUUUGUACCCAUGUUUGGCCACCGGAAGGCGCCAAUGUCUUAAAUGUGAACACUUCAAUUUGUGGAUAUUUGCACAGGUACUUAAUUUAUUUUCUAGAAUAAUUAUCUUGGGAGAAAAAAAAAAAUCAUGGUUUAUAUCAGUCAGAUUCUGGCUGUAUAUAAAGAUUAUGAUACUGAUGAUAAUAUUGUGAGUAUAGUAUAUACAGUAUCUUAGAACUCCAGGUUAAAUCAUAGCUAGAGCAGAGACCCUCUGCUAGCUCUCCAGAUGUUUCUGUGUGUGCUGAAGUGAAACACUAACCUGCAAUCCUGCAUGAUUCAGAGUAAGGAUGGAGAAAGAGAGAAGACAAAUGUGAAAUAACAGGACGGGCAAAAGCAAAAUUAUUCAAGGGAGAGAGAGAGUGUAUGCGUGUGCAUGUAUGUGUGAAUGUGUGCGUCUGUGUACUGCGCUACUCUGUUGCCCUGCCUCCCUCUCUCUGCUGGUAGGAAAUGUUUGUUUGUGUGAGAGGAUUAGGGCAGACUUUUGCUCUGGCAGCCAUACUUGACCUGGAGUGAAAGUGUGUCGGUAUGAAUGAGCUUUUUUAAUGUUCAAGGAAUUAAAAAACAGAGUAUUAGAGAGAAUCGCGAGUUGGGCGCGUCACAUCUGAAUGGUUAAUCCCUCCAGUUCAGUGUUGUGCUGUCUGUGACGUAAACUGUCUGCUAUGACAUUGGGUUUCUCAUGAUGCAUUUAGCUAAUAUGCAACAUGAAAAGAGGGAAGUAACUAAUAUAUAUAUAUAUAUAUAUAUAUAUAUAUAUAAAAGAGUGAGACCGAGAGAGACAGAGAGAUUCAAACUUUGAUGCUGUUUGCAGAAAGUAAUUUUUUUCCCAGAGGUGUUUGCACCUCUGGCCAAAUAUAAAAAAUGGAAACAAAAGAUCUUGAGAGAAAUAAACUUCACUGAUGUUGGCAUCUUUGCAUGUGUUUGAUUAUUGCGUCAUUUUUAUUCAGAUAUAUACGGGAAUGUCGUGGUGUGCAAAAUUCUAUCCCUCUUCUUUUUUAUGGGUACUUUAUUUGUUGCCUGGAUUGAAAAGAUAACAUAAUUUGUUUUGUUUUUUUAUCAUAAUGUAUAUUAAAUUAUUCAUUAAUUGUUUAAUCUAAACUUUGAACAAAUUAACUCAUUACAAAAUGAAUAGUUUAUACUUAUAAGCAUGUGUAUAUGUAUACACACAUUUAUAAAUGUAUUUGAAAAAAAAUAGAAGACAUGUUUAUGUUUUAUGGGGUAUUUUUAUUUAAAUACAACUUGAUUGAUUCACUUUUUACAACCAAGACUGAAAUUAA